ACCUUUCCGCGGCCCCUCGGCUUUCACGUGCUGCUUUCUCUGCCCAAGAAACGAAAUUAGGAGAGGAUGCCUAUGUAUCACCUCUCUCCAGCUGUGCACCUAUAAGACCAGGGAUAAGCAUAGUACCAAGCUACCACAUUUCGCUUCGUUUCCGGGAAGCAACCGCCGAGGCGCGAGGAGGCAGCUGCCGGCGAAUUCGGCGGAUCCUUGGAGUUUGGUGUGAACUGGCUCCUUUCGUGUACGCGCUUGACCAAGUCGGUGAGAAACAUGGCCGCCGAGCAGCAGCCCGCCAAGGCCGGCAGCAGCAGGUUCGCGGUGACGUGCAGCCUGCUGAGGCAGUUCAUGAAGGAGCAGGGCGGCAACGGCGCCAGGUGCCUUGCGCCGGCCGUGGCCAUGAGCCUCAUGCCCGGCACCGAUGUUGUUGGCGGCGGGGCGGAGGCGGAGGCGGAGGCGGUGGCGCCCGAGGAAAGGAAGACUGUGCUGAAGCUCUUUCCCCAGCAAGCAUGCACGCUCAAAGUCUCGGAAGAAAGCAGGAGGGAGCCUGAGAGAGCGCCGCUGACCAUCUUCUACGGCGGGAGGAUGGUGGUGUUCGACGACUUCCCUGCCGACAAGGCCGAGGAGCUGAUGCAGCUCGCUGGCUCCGGCAACGUCGCCCCGGCCGCCUCGGCCGCUGGCCAGAAUGCGCUGGGACAGCCUUGCUUGCCAGACAUGCCCAUCGCGAGGAAGGCGUCGCUGCAGAGGUUCCUGGAGAAGAGGAAGAAUAGGCUCGCCGCGGUGGAUCCGUACCCGGCGGCAAAUUGGUCGACCAAGCAUGUGAAGGGUGAUGCCGCGCCAUGGCUCGGCGUGAACUCCAGGCUCAGCCUGAGCUGAAGAACCUGAGGACAUGCACCAAGAGAUCAGAAGGGAAACUAUUACUGCUUACUAUUUUCCACAAAAUAUAUGUGGAUCAAUUGUGUUUUCCCCGUUGGUAUUUUACACCAGUUGUUGGUUGCUUCAGGGGAAUAUCUAGCUAGCUAAUCAGUGUGCUUCUGUCUGUUUGAGAAUUCUUUGAUGGGAAAAAGAAUUCUUUUCCAUGUCCAUAUUUAUCUGCAAGGAUAUGAACUAAAGUCGUUUGAUACAUAGUUUGCAAAUUCAAAUAAACUGAUGAAACAUGUUAUAUGCUAUUUAUUAUAUUCUUUCA